GGGCCGGGCCCCGGCGGGGUGGCUGGGGGGCCCGGGGGGGCCCUGAUCCGCGUCACGGUGAAGACCCCCAAGGAUAAGGAGGAGAUCGUCAUCGCGGACGGGGCCUCCGUGCGAGAGUUCAAAGAAGAGAUUUCCAGGCGGUUUAAAGCCAAACAGGAUCAGCUGGUUCUGAUCUUUGCUGGGAAGAUCCUGAAGGACGGAGACACUUUGAAUCAACACGGGAUCAAAGAUGGGCUGACGGUGCACUUGGUCAUUAAGACUCCACAGAAGGUCCAAGAUCCAACAGCUGCUGCUUCUGCCCCCAAUGCUGCUUCUGCCCCCACCGCAAGCUCCCCUUCUCCUGCUGCCCCGUCUCAGCCUUCCACAUCCAGCAGCGCCGCUUCGGACGCCGGCAGCGGCAGCAGGCGGAGCAGCGGAUCAGGGACUGUGGGAGGUCCUGGAGAUGGAGGCCCUAACAGUGCCACGUCCAUCCUUUCUGGCUUUGGCGGCAUCACCGGGCUGGGCAACCUUGGGAUGGGCUCGGCCAACUUCAUGGAGCUCCAGCAGCAGAUGCAGCGGCAGCUGAUGUCCAACCCCGAGAUGCUCUCGCAGAUCAUGGAGAACCCCUUGGUGCAGAACAUGAUGUCCAACCCGGACCUCAUGAGGCAGAUGAUCAUGGCCAAUCCCCAAAUGCAGCAGCUCAUGGAGCGAAACCCGGAGAUCAGCCACAUGCUGAACAACCCGGAGCUCAUGAGGCAGACAAUGGAGUUGGCUCGUAACCCUGCCAUGAUGCAGGAGAUGAUGCGGAACCAGGACCGUGCUUUGAGCAACCUCGAGAGCAUUCCAGGAGGCUACAACGCCCUGCGCCGGAUGUACACGGACAUCCAGGAGCCCAUGUUCAGCGCAGCCAGGGAGCAGUUUGGCAACAAUCCUUUCUCUUCCUUGACGGGGAACUCUGAUAGCUCAAGCUCUCAGCCUUUGCGGACGGAGAACAGAGAGCCGUUACCGAACCCCUGGAGCCCCACGCCCCCUGCUUCCCAGAGCCAGGCGCCCAGCAGCGAAGGCAGCACUGGCCCAGCAACCACCCAAAGCACACCGACUGUAUCCAACCCCUUCGGGCUGAAUGCUGCUAGCAUUGGGGCUGGCAUGUUUAACAGCCCAGAGAUGCAAGGCCUCCUGCAGCAGAUUUCCGAAAACCCUCAGCUGAUGCAGAACAUGAUCUCUGCCCCUUAUAUGCGGAGCAUGAUGCAAACUCUUGCCCAGAACCCGGACUUUGCAGCACAGAUCAUGGUAAAUGUCCCCCUCUUUGCUGGGAAUCCACAGCUUCAAGAACAGCUCCGCCUUCAGCUCCCUGUCUUCCUGCAGCAGAUGCAGAACCCAGACUCCCUCUCCAUUCUCACCAACCCCCGCGCCAUGCAGGCGCUCCUCCAGAUCCAGCAGGGACUCCAGACGCUGCAAACGGAGGCCCCAGGACUAGUGCCAAGCCUCGGCUCCUUUGGCAUGCCUCGAAUGCCCCCGUCCUCCACAGGAGGAAGCACAAUCCCGGAGAACCCCGUUCCCUCUGCUUCGACGCCGGCCAGUGCCUCUCCAGCUGGGGGUGGUAACCCCCAACAGCAGCUCAUGCAGCAGAUGAUCCAGCUGCUGGCCGGAGGAAGCUCUCAAGCGCAGAGUCCUGAAGUGCGAUUCCAACAGCAGCUGGAGCAGCUGAAUGCCAUGGGCUUCAUUAAUCGUGAGGCCAACCUCCAGGCGCUUAUUGCCACUGGUGGAGACAUCAAUGCAGCUAUUGAGAGACUGCUGGGCUCCCAGCCUUCCUAAACUCUUGUCAUGCUGCCCCACAGAUGUCAGCACAUGCAUCCAUACACAUGCGCAGGGGGAUCUUUCAGGAAAGCCCACCAUCAUUUUCAUAUCUGACAGCUGUCCAUGUAUUUAAAACAAAAAGAUACAGCUUAACCCCUGACCUUCCUACUAAGUUAAGAUUUCAUGUUGAAAUGCUCUUUAACUGGCUUGUAUGUGGAUUCCAGUUCUCAUCGUGGCCACAAAGACUUCAGAUGUGUAUUUUUUCCUAAAUAUGCCCUCUGUCUCAGACACUCUUCUCUCUUUCUCUAGAUGGUAGAGGCGAUACUUCUAGUUAUUUACCUGAAUGAUUGUGUUUUGAGUAGCUUGAUUUUAACUGUACAUGAUUCUCUCCCUUAGCCUUCCUUUCAGGCAAAUAUUUAAAACUUGAGCCAAGUUUGGUUUCUGGUUAUUUCUCCCAGCAUCUUAUUGGGAAUGGAUCAAAAGAAAAAUUGAAGUGGCUUGGAAACUUCUGAUGUCAUUUGUUUUAAUACUUCAUUGGAUGAACCGAGCUUGUGUCCCUCGCACACAGGUGUCGCAAAUCUCCUGGUAAAGGGUUGAUGUGCAUGGAAACUACAUCUGCACUGUGGUUCCUUACGCUGUCGGGAUAGUGUAAAGUAGCCUGGAUGCCUUCAGGGAUCAGGCUUGCUGUUGAACUCGAGUUGAAGCGGCGUGCAGAAGGUGUUUGAAAGGUGGGUUUCUGCCCAAACGAUACAGUUCUUGUGCAGCAGUGUCAGGGGUUUGUUGGCUCAGCAGGUUCAUUUCUGAAAGCGUAAAAGCAAGAAGAGGUUGAAAAACAAGGCAAAGAUCUCUUCUUUCCACUGGAAAAUGUUGACGUUCAUGUUCUUCCCAGUUUAGACCACCCUCCCCCCCCCCCAUUUUGGUGUGUUUGAAUGUUACGACUCUCCAAGAAACUCUCCCCAAGGACCAGCAGGGUGAUAUUUUCCCAAGAGCCUCCAUGGCUGUGUAAUUUGCAUACCAUUUUUAUCAAAGAAAAAAAUAAAUGCGCACAACCAUCCGU